GGUGAAUUGUCCAUGCCGAAAGUGAUUUUGACACAAACACAGAAUUGUCGGAAAAGACCUAGAAAUAUAGAAGAGAAGACAGAUAAUAUAAAGACAGUAGAGAUCUGCUCUCAGGAAAACCCAGUGAUUCUAGCCAACUUCCAGAAUGGCUCUCUUGAGAAGUUUGAUAAUGUCACAUUCAGCCUAUUUGAAAAAACGAACUCCAAGGAAGAGAAAGCUUUGGUUGCAGAGACAGACAGGUUGAGUUAUGUUGGCUACAGCAGACUUCAUGAAGACAAAAACUACAAGUAUGCAGUUGCAGUGUUAGAUAAGAACAGCUCUAAGGUGCAGAUUCAUGAGGCCCGCAUCACUCAAAUGCAGCCUUGUAUCCAUGGUGAUGAAUCCAUUGAUGAUGUUACAGAUUCUGGAACAUCUUUUGUCCAAAAGAAUGAUUCUCUAACAAGUGUUUUUGGGAGCACAAAACGUAAACGUGCAAUGCAAUCAAGAUUAAACAACAAACUAGGAGAAAAAGUAUUGGACCAGUCUGUAGGAAAAGCUGCCCAAAACAUGAUAACUGGGUCACCAUCUCUUGUUCAAAAUUUAAUAACUCCUGUUAAACAUGAGGAGAUUACUGCCUCUGUCAUCCCACCGUUUGACAGAUCUGCCACCAGAGCCUGUGAUGUAUACCUUCUGGAGGAUGUUGUGCCAGAUAACGUGCUGUACAGUUUGUCCAGUGAAGCCCAUACUUUAGCAGAUGCUCAGCCAGGACAGAUAGCCCAGUGGACUACAGAGGCAAAAUAUCCAAGCUUCGUGCUGAGGAACUUGAAGGCUCUGCCUGUUGAAACAGGAGCCAGAAUACACCGGGCUCAGUGCCUUUUAUACUACCACUACCUCAUCAUUCUCUAUAACCUAAAGUAUUCCCAGUACAGAAAGAAAGAUGCUUUGCCAGCUGAGUGCCCCAUAGCAGUAAAGGGUCAUUUGUAUGAGAUGUUCACAUUGUCAACUGAAGACCAUAAUGGCAAGAAGACUAGAACGAUUCCUCUGAAGUUGAAAGACAAGAUUGUAUGUUAUAUCAUCGUGCUAGCCCUACAUAUUGAGCAGUUCCAUCUUGGCCUAGCGGAAAUCAUGAAAGAUGUCAAGCUAAGUGUCAAUAAGUGCAUACAGCAUUGUAGAGCCCUUGGAUGUAAAGUUAACAGUAAGAAAGGAGACAAAACUACUCAGUCAUAUUACCUAACACUACCUGUGCCACUCACAUUUCCUACCAUGGCUAAACAAAAGGGCAAACGAUAAAUAAAGUGCAAUGUUGCUGGACAAAAUCAUAAGGGGAUUUUCUGGAUUAGCAUUCUGCAGGUCAUUUCCUGGAUGGUGUCUUUAUGCUCAGCAUGGAUAAUGUUCUCUGAAAUAGGUUUAUAUGGAGAUCUAAAAAUGGGUCUAUGGAGGGUGUAGACUCUGUAUAUACUUUCUGGAAGACACACUCCACAUAAAAGAGGAUGGAUACUUGUUAUAUAUCUGGUCUAGAUGGGAAUCUACUCUAUGAAGAACACUCUUCUGAGGAUGACCUCUCUUGUAUGAUGCUUUCAGGCGGAUAUAUUCCAUAAGGAGGGUUAAAUCUUGAGGAUAUGUUACAUACAGUCAUUCUUUAAGACAAAUAUGACAAAAAUGUAUUGUUGGAAACAUAAUUAAAAAAAUUUUUUUCAAUAUACAUUAUAUAAUAAGGAAUCACAAACAACAUUGUUUGAUGGUUGGACUUAUCUUUUGUAAAAUACAAUACAUAACAGCAUUAAUUGUUUAAACAAGAGUACAAUCUACAACGAUCUGUAAAUAAGUAAAAAUAGCAAGAAAUUCAUAAUUAUAUUACCUGAGUUUAGGCCAAUGGGAGUUUCUUUAAAAAAAGGGUGUAUUAAAAAAUUCCCCUUUAUAAAGAGCCAUUCAUUUUGGGAACUUUCCAAUUAAGCUCAGUGGGCAAAAACAUUUGAGAAAGGGAUUUGAAUUGCUUAGAACAAUAUAAUACAUACAUGUAUGGUUAUGAGUGAUUACUGUCGUUCGAGAACUCUUUAAAAUAAUAGAUAAAAAUAAUUAAA